CCGUAUUCACAGGUUUUUUCGCUGAGAGGGUCACACUGCCCAAUGGUCGAAUAUUUUCACAUGUUUAUUUACAAUUUCAUUGUGCAAUAAUUCUACCGGUUAUUGGUUCGGAAUUCGAGGACACGAUGAGUGAAGGCAAGCCGCAGAAUCCAGGCGAUGGCAUCCGAUCCAUGCGAAGUACCGGAGUUUUCCGACUGAUCAACUUUGAGUUGUACACGAAACCGAACAAAAUCGUAAUGGGUCUUGGAUUGACCGCCGUCGCCGGAGUCUUUGGUUACAUUGCCUACAUGCGAUACAAGUACGAAAGUCUGGGUUAUUAUGUGGCGGUCCAGGAAAACGGACAGGAGAAGUUUGUCAAGAAGAAAUCAAAUUGGGAGCAGUGAAUCCCACUCACGAUCUUGGUGGAAACAUCUUUAUUUACUCGGUAGCACAAUUUGGUACAUAAAUUUGUAUUGUUUAGGA